UCCAUCCGGAUCGAGUCUACUAGCAGAGCAAAUCAACUUGAAAACUGAACCAGUUUGUUUUGAAUUCCAUCAAUUUCCUUUUUAAAAAUGUCGUACGAAAAUGUUGAUUUGGUUCAACUGUUGAACGAAGUCAAUUCAAACACGAAACCGCGUCGCAAAUCGUCGAAAACUGUUCCGGCCGCAAUGGAAGACGAUCCGCAACAGCAGAUCCGCAAGAAGCGCUACAGCAAAUCGCGAGUGAGGGCUCGCAGUCCGACCCAGGUGAUGCGGAUCAAGCGGACCCGUCGAGUCAAAGCCAACGACCGCGAACGCAACCGCAUGCACAUGCUGAAUCACGCCCUGGAUCGACUCCGCACUGUCCUGCCCACCUUUCCGGAGGAGACCAAGCUGACCAAAAUCGAAACUCUCCGCUUUGCGCACAAUUACAUCUGGGCCUUGUCUCAGACUUUGGAUCUCGUCGGAGGACACGAUCCAUCGGGCGGAAGCAUCCAGGUGAAUGUCGGCAACGUCACGGUCAGCAUCAGCGACCAAGGCAGUUCCAUCACAUCGACAACAGCUCCUGACCAUACCGUCAUCCCCUGGAACAAUCGCCGGACGGUGGAACCUGCUCUACCUCCAUUCGAUUCGUCGUCUUCAUCUUCAUCCUCUUCCUGCAGCGGAAGCGUCGGCGAGGGCGGAGGUCAACUGGCCAACGACUAUUUCGACGUCUUCGUCAAUCAACUGGCCAACAAGAAAACCGACCACUUCCAGCAGUUCCAGCCACAACCACCACCUCAAAUUCAACAACAACAGACGUGGCUGCCGGCCACUCCGGCCAUUUCCAAUCAUCAAAUGACCAAUUGGACGACGUCAAACAAUCAGUACAACGAGUAUCACCUUCCCUAUUCUUCCACCGGAUGCUCCGUCGACAGUUACUACUCGGAUUCCUCGUCAAGUUCGGGAUAUCACGACAUGCUAUCACCCGAAUUCCCGUGUGUAUAAAGAAACAACAAACGGCAAUGUCAACGCACACACACAAAUUAUUUGGCCUUUCUCUCAUAUCAUUCUCUCGACACUUUUGUAUGCAAAUCUCCCAGGGCUGCUGAAAAAAAAAUGAUCCAAUGAUUUUAUAUCAAACCCUCCCACAAUCCCUCGACUUGAUCUAUUGUAAAUAAAACAGAAAUUCUGA